AUGAGCACGUCAUCAUCAUCGUCAUCACCGCGCCGCAAGCGGGUUUAUACCAAGUACGGUGAUCAGGGCGAAACCAGUUUGCUCUACGGCGGCCGCGUAUCCAAGGCCAACCCUCACACGGAAGCCUACGGGAUAACCGACGAGGCGGUCAGCCUGAUGGGCCUCGCUCGGGCUCUCACCGACGACGACAAGGUCAAGAACAUUCUCCGCGAUCUCCAGCGUGAACUGUUCACCGUGGCCGCCGAAUUGGCCACCGAUCCCGAGAAGUAUGACCUGUUCCACCAGCACUUCACGCCUGUGACUGAGGCGAUGGUGGACAAGCAGGAAGAGAUCAUCGACGAACUGGAAACGCACUUCCAGAUGCCGCAGGUGUUCAUCCUGCCGGGCGGAACCCCGUCAUCGUCGGCCAUGGACUCUGCCCGCACCGUCAUCCGCACCGCCGAGCGCCGCGUCGUUGCGUUGGCCGAGGUCGGCGGCUUGACCAAUCCACUGAUCCUCGCCUACCUGAACCGCCUGGGUGACCUGCUGUUCGUGCUGGCGCGGUACCACGACCGGGACAUUCCCAUAGAGCGGGCUACCGGCGACCGGGUCUGA